CUGAAAAAUAUUCAGUCUUCAAACAGCGGUCGGUUCGGUUCAACUUAUAAUCUCGCUUAACUUGUCAAUUUGGUCUUGGAACUUUUCAAUUUGGAUAAGAAAAAGUUCAGAGGAUCAUUUUUAUUGGAUACCUUGAAACAGAUCGCCCAUCGCGAUAUGAAUUCCAUCAUAUCGUUCCUACUUUUAGGAACGAUUCUAUCUCUAUGCAAUGGCUAUAUAGUCGACAUUCGACAAAAACGAAGCAUUGAUCUAUCUGCGUCACAUGCACUCAUCCCAGAUGCUCGCCUCUCAAAAGAUGUCAUCCCUACUUCGUAUAUUUUGAAUUUGCGACCAAAUUUCGAGGAGAGUAACUUUGCCGGUGACAUUCGAAUGAAUCUUAGCUGGAAUGAGGACACCAAAAAGAUCUCCCUGCAUGCGCAUUAUGAUCUGAAUAUCUACGAGAAGGACAUCAAGUUGCGCAAAAUCAAGCGUAGAACAGAGGGUUCAGCAGAGACGGCUGCUAUUGAGUAUGAGGACGUUGCCAUUCAGAGAGCUGAUAGACUGCCAAAGAAGACAGUUUAUGUGAUCUAUUUGAAGGAGGCGAUUGCUCAAGGAACGGAAUGUGAAUUGGAAAUCAAGUUUAAUGGUGAGAUUUGGGAAAGUACGGAAGGACUUUUUAAGGGAAGUUAUAUGGAUGGAAAAUCUGAGAAGAAACAUUACUUGGCAACUUAUAUGAGGCCGCAUAAUGCGAGAAGACUUUUUCCUUGUUUCGAUGAACCAGGAUUUAAGGUCCCAUUUACAGUGAGCAUUUCAAGACCUAAAACAUAUCAGACGCGUUUCAAUACUCUACCAGCUAAAACCGAAGAUAUUGAUAAUAACUACGUAGUGGAUUAUUUUGAGACAACGCCACCAAUGUCAUCAUUCACAUUUGGGUUUGUUAUAUCCCAAUUGCAGAAAUUAGAACCCACUACUCCCCUACCAGAAGAAAGAAGACCCCAAAUUAAUAUUUGGUCUAGGCCAGAAAUACACGAAGACUUGCAGGAAAUUUAUACUAAACUGGUAACGGUUUAUGACCAUUUAGAAGCGUACUUCAAUGUCUCGGUUCCAUUGAGUAAAAUCGAUGUUUUAGCUAUUCCAGGAUUAGCAUCUGUACGUCCUGCUGAUAACUGGGGUGUUUUGAUGUUUAAAGAAGCUGAACUCCUUAAAAAAGGUUACUACGGACUAUCUCAAGAGCUUAUAUAUCAAUGGCUUGGAUCAUGGGUGACACCAUACUGGUGGAGUGAUGCUCACGUCAAUAAGGCUUUAGCAAGUUUUCUAGCUUCCUACACAGUAAUUGGUAUUGACAAUGGACUUGAAUUCAAUGGAAAAUAUCCAAUGACUGUGUUAUAUUCUUUAUACUAUGAAUUCAGCAAACGUUAUCCACAUUCUCGCAUCACAGGAAUGAAACAAGAAACUACAUCAUUCAAAACUGAAUUGGUCAUGAGAAUGUUAAAUUACACUUUGAGCAGUGAAACUUUCAAAACAGGAAUACGUAGAUUCAUAGCCGAUCGACAUUUUAGUACUUUUUUUGGAGAUGAUCUUUGGGAUGCUCUGACUAAGCAAGCUCAUGAAGAUAAGACUUUAGAUGCUAAAUAUGCUAUCAAUGAAAUUGCUGGCUCAUGGAUCACUAAAGAUCGUUUGCCAGUUAUAAAAAUUGAAAGAAACUACAAAGAUAAGACCGCCAAGGUUAAACAAAAGGUCUAUCUUCGGGAACGUCCUCAUGAUGUACCUGAACAAGACAAGAUGUUAUGGUGGAUUCCUUUGGUUUUGGUUACACAAGAUUCGUUAGACUUUAACAAUACUACACCACAUGCUUGGAUGGAAAAGACUAGGGAACUUACAUUGAAAGAUCUCCCAGAGCAGGAAAAAUUCAUCAUUGUAAAUCCGGAAGAAAUAGGACCGUUCCCGGUGAAUUAUGAUGAGAAAAAUUGGGACUUGUUGGCGAAGUUCCUUCAAACUGAAGAUGGUAGGACUAAAAUACCAAUUUAUACCAGGGCUAAGUUACUCCAUGACGCCUGGAACCUUGCUUAUGCGGGUGAUCUGAGCUUCGCAACAGCCUUCGAUAUGACACUCUUUAUGCAAAAUGAGCGGAAUCACAUCGCUUGGAAUCCGGUAUUCACUUUUAUUGAUCACAUUGGAAGACACAUUGAUAUGUCAGCGGUUCACAAGAAGUUCGAGACUUAUGUACGUGUCUUAUUGACACCACUUUAUGAAGAACUUGGCAAACCUGUUGAAAACGAAGAAAAUUGGAAAACCGAUUUGAGGUCUCUGUCAAAGACUUUCCUCUGCCGUGCUGGUUACAGGCCUUGCAUUGAAGAAGCUCAAGAAGCCUUCAAACUUUGGAUGCAAAGUGAAAAACCAGAUGAAGGCAAUCCAGUUCCUAAUCAAUACAUUUGUCCGGUCUUCAAAUGGGGAACAAUGGAAGAGUGGGAAUUUGGCCUCCAGCGAGUAAUUAACUUCCCCAAGUCGAGAAUUCAAAGUGAGAGAACUUAUCUCCUGAAGACCCUUGCUGGUUGUCCUGUGCAACAUGAAAAGAUCGAAAGACUUUUGAAUAUAACAAUUUUGGAAGAAAAUGGAAACUUUACAGAAAAUGAUAUCUUUUUGAUCUUUUCCAUGUUGACAGGAGGUUCAAGCGGUUACAUGAGUUUGUUUAACUUUUUGUCAAAUAAUUGGGUGGUUAUUAGACAGAGAUUCGAAAACAAAACAAAUCUUUGGGAUAAUUUGAUUGGAUCAGCAACUGGUGUUUUUACCACACAAGAAGGUUAUGAUAUGGUGAAAAAACUCAAAGACGAACGUCGUGGUGAAUUUGGUAGUGCUGAACACAUUAUCGAUAGAAAUUUGAAAAAUAUCAAAGAAGAAGCCAAAUGGAGUGAUGAGAAUUUGCCAGUUAUUGAAAAGUGGUUGGAUAAUUUUUUGAAAACUGUUAAUCAAAAUGAUAAUAAAUUUAUGGGAAAGUAGGGUUAGGCUAAAGGUCUUUUUUUUUAUUUUUAUUUUGAUUUGUAAGAAAUUCUCUAUGUACCUAAUAUAAAUGCCAAUAAUAUUUAAUUGGCUUUAUUCAAUUUUGUACAUUAUGUUUCUUGUAACUUUUUUUUAAACAUCUUGGACACCAUUAUGAAAUAAGGUCAUGGAAAUAAAUAUUUAAAGUCUG